AUGACAGGCAAGAGUCACGCACCUCCUGUUAGUAUAUCGAUAUGGGCCGAGCAAGUCGAUCAAGAUCCGUCAAUCCCAUCGGAAUAUAAGAAUGGCGCCCAAGACCAGCUCAACUUGUCCAGCACAUCACUCAGCUCUGGUUCCGAAGUUGAUGGGACUGACUCCAUCCACUUCAAGACAGUUUGGCACAAGUACCGUCGUAUCGAGUCCCUUGGCAACUUGAUGACGGAUGAUCCGGUAUCUGGCUAUACUGGAUAUGUCUCCAAUGAAAACAAUGACAAAGCCAGCUGUAUCUUCAGCUCCAAGAAAUCGAUGUGCCAACCCUAUCUUGACGAACUGAGGCUUUUGGAAGCUCAAAAUUGCAUGAUCUCCAAAGCAAAGGUUACCCAAGAAUCACCAUUCGACGGCAUGGCUGUGCGACGGCAACCUCUGCGGCCGUCAAGGAAUUGUGGAAGCUUCCAUUCGGCACUCCACUGGCAAUCGCUAGUCACUGCCACCGCCCGUAUGGCCCCAACUUCUGAUGAGCUCCGGAGAACACCUUCCAUCACCAAAUUGGGGUAUGAUAUGCUCGAGUCGUACGCUCCCUCGGCUGUCAAUCAACCAAUUGUACCAAAUACUCCCAAGCCUCAGCCGUCGCAGCAAGAUACUCCUAAGAGAACUGCGUAUAGCACUCCCGAAGUGAAGUCCUAUCGCCUAGCCAAAGGGGGCAAGUCAAAUAGACCCUCAGCAGAUGAGACUUACGUCAAUACGGCACUUUUGCUGUUGCUUCAAUCCAUCAUCAUGAUGGUUGGGGAGGAGUUUAGCAAACUAGAUUGGCUGGCAACUCGACUCCCGCUGAAACUUCUUGAGCAGGUGACCACGAUAAAUACCGACACCGAAGAGGUUGACACAAAGCUGCUUGAGCUUAUGGAGGCUCGCGUGGACGGAUAUCUCUGUCAGAGGCCCAGCUCUUCGGAAGGAAGUCUCAACAGCGACCCAUUAGCAAUCUGCGAAGCCAAGCCGUUCACACGUUCAAGUGCUCUCACAGCUAUUAGACGCCAAGAAGGUGCGGAAAUGGCGUGUUGGAUCUCACAGGCUGGUGAUUCGGAGACUGGACUUCUCAGAACUUCUACUAGUGGGAGAAAACGGCGCCUGAUGAUUAAUCAAGACCGCCACGAGAUUUCGGUUGUCGUGGCUGAGUACGGGGCCGGUUUCGAGAAGCAUAUCCGACCACAUAGAUCGGUCAGGCAAGGGACCGCCAAAACCCGACCCAAAGCAGGAAGGCUCGACAGCUCUGUCACCACAAAUUCGACACAGACACUCUCUUCGUUAGCGGACCCAGUCCCUCACGGAGGCAGACGUGAUCCCAGUCUCCUUGCCGGCUCACCAGGCUAUAUCAGCCGGGUAGAGAAGAAGACAAUAUUAGUCGAUGGUCCCAAGGGCGCAUCACAAGACGCUCGGCCAACGCCGCCAUUGAACAAAUCCAGCCGCACAAAAAAGAAGUGGACUCCGGACGUAGGCGACUUCUUAAUAAUGCACGAAUUCGGGCCAUUCGUGACGACGGAUCCCGGACACAUGGAGGUGCUGAUCAAGCGAAUCAUCGCACUCAUGCUGCAGUUGAGGGGUCCACAGGAGCCCUUCGUCCCUGUACCUCCCAGUCCACGAUUUCUUCUUCAGCCCGACCGACUUGUGGCCAGAACACCUGAUGUGACAACACGCCGAAAUAACAGAUUGAGGAAGUCACGGUCCUGGCCUGCAAGAACCAAUCAAUCGGAGCAAGACUGGGAAAAGCUUUCAGUCAAGCCGACGUGGGACUAG